GCAGAGCUGCUGGUCUGCGCGGUCACAGGGCUGCGGGACCGGACCGUCACUGCAAGUGUCUGCGCCUCGGGCGGCUAUGGGGCAGCGGCAUGGACACCGGCAGGACACCGUGAACUUCACCGCAACUGGAAGAAAGUGCGAUGGCAACUUGCAGAAGGCUUUGUCCACGGUCACCACAAGGCUGGGCGCUGCAGAAGUCCUAGAAACUGUCACAUGAAGUAAGCGGUAUACCACAGCCGUCUAAACGUGUGAAGAUACCUGGAGCUCCACAGAACAUUGCAGCUGAAUAUGAUCUAAGCAUUAAAGACAUGGCCAGACUGAAUCCGAGAGUCUUUGUACUGGGCCUUGUGUUCAUCCUGCAAGCACCAAUGCCAGUGUCUGCGGCAUCCAAAGCAAUUGUGUGCCAGGAUAUCACUGUACCAAUGUGCAAGGGUAUUGGAUAUAAUCACACCUACAUGCCCAACCAGUUCAACCACGACACUCAAGAUGAAGCCGGCCUGGAAGUGCAUCAGUUUUGGCCUUUAGUGGAAAUUCAGUGCUCACUUGAUUUGAAGUUUUUCCUGUGCAGCAUGUAUACACCGAUUUGCUUGGCUGACUACAAGAAACCUCUUCCGCCCUGCAGAUCUGUAUGUGAACGGGCUAAAGCGGGAUGCUCUCCACUCAUGAGACAAUAUGGGUUUGGUUGGCCUGAGAGAAUGAACUGUGACAAACUUCCACAAAAUGGAGACCCAGAAAACCUCUGUAUGGAUUAUAACAGGACUGAAACCACCACACUUCCACCCUUAUUUGUAAAACCAACUCAUCCGCCCAGAGGACCAAAGCACUUGACUCCUCUCCAUAGUCAGAAGCAACCAAACGGUGACUGUGAAGGGGUAUGCAAAUGCCGAGAACCUUUCAUCUCCAUAACAAAAGAAUCCCAUCCACUGUAUAAUAGAAUCAAGACAGGCCAGGUGCCAAAUUGUGCCAUGCCAUGUUUCCAGCCCUACUUCACCCAGGACGAGAAGACAUUUGCUACUUUCUGGAUAGGGUUGUGGUCCAUAUUGUGUUUCAUCUCAACCCUUGCUACUGUGGCCACAUUUCUGAUUGACAGGGAGAGGUUUAGGUACCCGGAAAGGCCUAUCAUCUUCUUAUCUGCGUGUUAUCUCUUUGUAUCCUUAGGCUACAUCAUCAGACUUAUUGUAGGUCAUGAAAAUGUUGCCUGCAACAGGGACCACAUUCAUUACGAGACAACAGGACCAGCCCUCUGCACAAUGGUUUUUCUUCUUAUCUACUUCUUUGGAAUGGCCAGUUCCAUCUGGUGGGUGAUCUUAUCUUUUACAUGGUUUUUGGCCGCUGGUAUGAAGUGGGGUAAUGAGGCCAUUGCCAGCUACUCUCAGUACUUCCAUAUGGCGGCCUGGCUCAUACCAAGCAUCAAAUCCAUAACUGUCCUUGCUUUAAGUUCAGUGGAUGGUGACCCUGUGGCUGGAAUCUGCUAUGUGGGUAAUCAAAACCUGGACAACCUCCGUGGUUUUGUCUUGGCCCCACUCGUAGUGUACCUCUUCACAGGGACAAUGUUUCUGCUGGCUGGCUUUGUUUCGCUCUUCAGAAUUAGGAGCGUUAUAAAACAAGGUGGCACCAAAACCGACAAACUGGAAAAACUGAUGAUCAGAAUAGGUGUAUUUACUGUCCUGUACACCGUACCUGCAAUCAUCGUGGUUGCCUGUUAUAUAUAUGAACAGCACUGCAGAGAAUUUUGGGAAAAAUCCCACAACUGCUGUUCGGGCGACAAAAAGAGAUCCAGGCCUAAGUAUGCAGUUUUCAUGUUAAAGUACUUUAUGUGUCUGUUGGUUGGCAUAACCUCAGGUGUAUGGGUUUGGACUGGAAAAACCUGGGAGUCUUGGAAGAGAUUGACAAGUAGAUGUUGCAGAAGCAGCAAGUCCAUCAAUGCCUUGGUGUACAGUGAAGCCAGCACGGCACUAACCGCGAGGACUGCUUUGCCAAGUUCAGCUUUAUACCACAAGCAGGUGCCAAUGUCUCAUGUUUGACCAAUGCCCCUUGCACUUGCCUGGCCUAUCGAGGAUGUGUUUGUCUUACUGCUAGUCAACGUUUUGUGCUCUGACAAUGUGUACAUUGUUUCACCUUUAUGGUUGUCAGCAUUCAGAACCCAUAGAAGCUCCUUUACUCAGAGUAGCUGUUUCAGGGGCAAUUGUGCACACAUCAUUGAAAAAACGUAAUUUACUCAAAUUUGGCUUCUCGACAAUAUACAUUUUAUAAUGUUCUAGUCACUUGAAAAUGUUGGUGAACAUGGAAGGUGGACAAGAGAUGAGCUACAGGUAAUAUAUAUUUACAUCAUUCUGAUAAAUGCUGCCCCUUCUCUUGUAGGAGGUUGCUUACUCCUAUCCAAAAUGAGAAAACCGUACACGGUUUUCUAAGUGCAUGCCCAUACAGCCAUGUAGAACAAACCGGAGACCUGCACUUAGUCCAGAUAAUGCCCCUUUGGUAUUGCAAUGACAUUAAAUACGAGUUUGUGUUGUAAUAUGCAGGAGCCUAUGUGAUUUAUAGCCGUAAGGACCCCUGCAGGACAGAAGGGGGCAUUACCUCCCAGAGCUGCCAUUACUAGGUAGUUCUCUGGGGUCUGUAGGUUUCCAGCUCCGCUUCCACAGACAUACAGAUGUAGCAGACACCUGACAGUUAGAUACACAGGGGCUGAUUUAGAUUAUUUGAGGUUGUCUGUGUUGAAGGGCUUUGCACCACAUUUAUCAAAUAGCGUGUGGUGCUUGUUACAUGUGAUGUGUUUGUACACCUAACAUGAAGGAUGCUCCAGUUUUUCUACACCACCCUUGUGCUGGAGGGAGUUUAGAACUUUUUUGUAUUGGUGAUAAAUCCUGAGUGAAAACUAUUAAUAUAGAUAGCUACGUCCACUUUUCAGAACUGUAGGAGUUGUGUAAAAAUAUAUGAGAAGUCGCAAAGCCCCUUUUUUGUGACAAGGUGUGAUGAACUCCCCCACAGUAUCUGACAUGGUAAGUGCCACAUCUGUAUGUGAAGCUUUAUAAGCUGCCUGCCUUCUCCAUUCCUAUCACUGGUUCUCUUUUGGGUAAUGAAUUUCUCACACUUUCAGAAAAUGACCAUCUUUUCCAUCAUUAGAAAUGUUUCCUACUUUUGGCCCAAUAAUGAUGUAAAAAACCCCAGACCCUCCAGGGUUAACCUGCAUUGUGUGUUUAGGCCAUGCGGUGAUCCAUUGUCAGGUUGUGUAAUCAGCGUGUCCUGUUCAGGUAUUUGUUCUGCCAUUGCCUGUGUGUGCAGCCGGCCCACCUUCUUUGUGUAGACACUGAGAACUUGUUCUUAUCAAUCCCACAUGUUCACUAUGGCUUUGUGGCUGGAAAACCAACUACAUACUCGGUGAGUCAAGAGUGCGCAGAAUAAACGCGGCAGCGUCCGGCACAUCGCGCUGCCGCGUGCUUCCGGCAUAAAACGCACCUGUGGAUGGAGCCUGUGCGAGGUCGGGUCUCUGCCCCUGUCAGCCACUUGUGUCUGGAGGAAACGCUAAUUUAGUCAUAUCCACUAUUUUGUGAUCCUAAUCGGUAUUUGCUCACAGGAAUCUACGAAUGACUUUAGCUCGGGCAUGUGAAUUCUCCUAAUGAGACACGAGGUAAAACUAAUAGCCCCAGCGUAAUAGAGACUGUGGACGGGCCCGUGAUCGGCCGCUCACUCCCGCUGUCACAUGCUUUGCCCGGGGACUUCAAUAAGAGGCUCGGGCUCUUCUGUUUGACAAUGGCAAACAAGCAGCGCCCAUUGUGAAAGCUCAGCAGCAUUUUUGUUUGAUUUGUCAUGCAGUUUAUCAAAGCAUGAGCCGUGUAAAAUGGUUAAUAGGUGAGCGAAAGUGAAGUCCAGGCACAGUCCUGACACUGGCUCUAUGAAAACCACCCUGACAUGUUUUUUUUAUGUCCUUGCACAUGCUAUCUGUUCACUUCCUUCAUUGCAUCCGUCUUUUCUGCCCGUGCUUGGCCAGUAAAGAGUCCUGCGGAGUUAGCAUUUGCCAAUAGGCACGGUUUACACACGGGAGCCAAGCAGAUGUAGCAGAGCUCAGUGGUUACAUCACUGACACACAAUCCCUAUGCGGGUUAUCAGACUUUGCUAGAUCGGUAAAAGCGGAUUUAUCUAAAUCAACACAAAUGUAUUUAUUUUUAUUUUUUUAUAGAUUUUUGCACCUACAGCUCAGUGUAUGUUAUCGGCUUACACACUGCCAUUCAGCUGUGAUACCUUGUAUAACAUGGGAAGAGCCUGUCCCAUGGCCAAAUGUCAUUGCAGAACCUGCAUACAGUGGCUACAAUUCACUUCCACCAAGCAGUUACUAGAUCUGAGUGAAAUUGGUCAUUAUUUAUCUAAAUCGGGCUUUAUUCACACACUGCAGAUUUGGUCAGUAUUUGUAAACCUAAGGCAUCGUUCACACAAACGUUUUUUGCGUUCUUUAUACGAGCCGUUUUUUUAGGUCCGUAUACGGAAUCAUUCAUUUCA